GCCCCCAGCAGCCCGUGGAAACCGCAUCAGUUUAGCGCGCGUUCGGGGGGGAAUUUCAAGUGCGGCGACGGGGGUGGGGGGGGGGUCGGUUUUUACCGGCGGCCGCAGGACUUCCCUCCAUCACACCGGGCAGCGCAGCGCAGCUCAAAACGGUGCGGCGAUAGGGGUGCCCGAGGCACGUUGGCGCCGAGCAGCUGAAAGAUCUGCGAUUCCGGGUAUUGAGUUAUCCAACGGUAAAGAGUGGAAAACAAAUCUCUUCUUCCCUCCCACCCCCCCCACCCCUCCGCAUCGGUGCCAGCAAGCUUUUAUCAGAUUCUUCUCUCUCAUCAGGAACAAAUUAACCUUUUAUCAUGACGACUGAAGUUGGAUCUACAAUUCAAGUAAAGGAAGAGUCCAAAGAUAUCGAACAGGAUGAUUCUGAAGUAUCAAAUCUUGACAACUCCGCCAGUAUAAAUCAGGAACCAGAAAAAGAAAUCCAGGAAGAUAAGCAGCCUGAAUCCACAAUACAACCUCAGAAAGAGCAGGAAUUAAAUUCAACUUCAAGUGGAAAUGCCCAGGCCAGUCCUGUUAGCAGUGACAAGAAGGAUCAAUCGGGUGGUAAAGGAUUGUCUCGUUUUUUGCUUGGAUGGCUUAAAAAGCAAAAAUCACCUUCCCAGGUGGAAACUACAGAGGAGAAGAAAGCCGAGGAGGACAUUCAAGCUGAAGACAGAAAUUCAACAAAUGAACAACCAGAGUUAGUGAAGACCGCAUCAGAGAAUGAAGUAGUGAAAGGAAUGGAAGAAGAGCAGAGCCAUACAGAUGAAAUAAGGGAGCAGCAUUCAUUGAAUAGUGCAGAAAUACAGCCAGAUAAAGAGAAAGAGCUUGAAGAAACUUUGGAAAAGGAUGCAGAUGUGAACAAUGAAGAGAGAGUACCAGAUGACAAAAAGGAUGAAAGUAACAAAGAUGGAGAACUUCAGAAAGAUGAAGAUGUAAGCAAAAAAUCUCCUCUGAAAAUUCCCAAAAAGAUUAAGAUGGUGCAGAGCAAGGUCUUUAUGCUGGAUGGUUCAGAGUUUACUUAUGAAAUUGAGAAACGUGCCAAGGGGCAAAUAAUGUUGGACAGGGUGUGUGAACAAAUCAACUUGUUAGAAAAGGAUUAUUUUGGUCUCACUUUUCGGGAUAUCACAGGUGAAAAGAAUUGGUUGGACCCUGCCAAGGAAAUCAAGAAACAAAUUCGAAGUUGUCCUUGGCACUUUUACUUUAAUGUAAAAUUCUACCCUCCUGAUCCUUCACAGCUAACUGAAGACAUCACAAGAUAUUAUUUGUGCCUUCAACUCCGCCAAGAUAUCGUAUCUGGUCGUUUGCCAUGUUCUUUUGUAACACAUGCCCUUCUUGGUUCUUACACAUUACAAGCGGAACUUGGGGAUUAUGAUGCCGAUGAACACAAAGCAGGUUAUGUUGCAGAAUUACAGUUUGCUCCAAACCAGACAAAAGAAUUGGAAGAGAAAAUCUCUGAACUGCAUAAAACACACAGGGGUUUAACUCCAGCUCAGGCUGAUGCUCAAUUUCUGGAGAAUGCCAAGAUGCUUUCCAUGUAUGGUGUAGAUUUGCACCAUGCUAAGGAUUCAGAAGGAGUGGAUAUUAUGUUGGGUGUAUGUGCAAAUGGACUGCUCAUCUACAAGGAUCGUCUCAGAAUUAACCGCUUUGCUUGGCCGAAAAUUCUUAAAAUUUCUUACAAACGAAGCAAUUUCUACAUUAAAAUUCGACCUGGAGAAAUAGAGCAGUUUGAAAGUACUAUUGGUUUCAAGUUGCCUAAUCACAGAGCAGCAAAGAGAUUGUGGAAAGUUUGUGUGGAGCAUCACACUUUUUUCAGGUUGCUUUCUCCUGAACAAACACCAAAAAGCAAGUUCCUGACUUUAGGUUCCAAGUUCCGCUAUAGUGGGCGCACCCAAGCUCAAACACGGGAGGCAAGCAUCCUCAUUGACAGACCUGCACCAUAUUUUGAGCGCACUUCGAGUAAGCGAAUGUCUAGAAGUCUUGAUGGAGCUCCAGUAGGUGGCAUUAAUGAAGUGGGUCUACAGCAGGAAUUAUCAUGUCUAGGUUCAACAGCAGAGGACACUGCAACAGUAGCUGGUGUUAAUAAAACAGAAGCAGAUAAAGAGUUGGCAGUAAAAGAUGUAACCACUUCGAAAGCCUCACAGCUGGAAAUGCCUGUGGAAACAAAGUUUCACAACAUUUGUCCACCAUCUCCUACAUAUUCUACCUAUUCCCUCUCUCCUAAUCUCUUUCCUAUUCCUGAAACAGAUUUUCUCUCUGACAUUUCAGAAGAUAGUGCAUUUUCAGCUGGUGAAUUAGACCAAGAAUGUAGUUCUGAGUCUAUUUCUUCCACUAACAGAUUAUGCACAGCACUUCCAAAGAAUGAUCUAGGGCUAAUCACUCAUUAUCCUGCUCCUGUAUUUACCAUUCCCUCUCAGUGUUCUAAUCCUGCAGUACAGGAUCAGAAGGAAACUGAAAUUGAAUCCAGUUCUGUAAGAAAGACAUUGGGUUUUGCAUUUCUAAAUCUAUACAAGUGUCUUCCUCCCAAAUUUCCUUCAUUGCUUGAUGAGGAUGGGUACAUAAGCUUUCCUAGCCUUCCUGACAACUAUGUUGCUUUGGUUCCACCAAGCUUUCAAAAGUACAUUCCCAUUACAUCUCCAUCACUUAUUCCUUCCAUCAUCCUUAUCUUUGUGCUGCUUCUGUCUGCAUCCCAGUCUGUCCCUUUUUCACUUGCCCUUUGCCUUCCACUUGCUUUGUCUCUCUGUUACCUGGAGCCUAAGGCGACUACAUUAUAUGCUCCUUAUGACAAUGACCUGAGUGAGAGAGCAGAGGAAGAGGAGACAGAACAGGAUGAAACAGCACUACAACUACUAAAGGACCUUGAUAAAACCCAGGAGGAUCUAUUGAAACAUCAAGCUAGCAUUAGUGAGCUAAAACGCAGUUUCAUGGAAUCCACACCUGAACCACGUCCAAAUGAAUGGGAAAAUCGGUUGACUAAACCCUUAUCACUGCAAACAGAAGGGAGCUUAGAAGAGGAGAUAACAUCGCUUUUACUUAGUAAAGAAAGCUUCUCAACAGGCUUGGUGGCCUCCUUCUCGUCUACUAUUUCUCAGGCAUCAGAGGAUGCUGGGUUGAAAGAAAAAGCUGCUGCUGAAUCUGUUUCUCUCAUAAACGCCAAGCAGCUGUCUGAGAUCUCAGAUGAGAAACAGAAAUCCGAGAUGGAGGAGCAGGCAGAGGCUGUAGUAGAAGAAGCAAUAGUGAUUGAAGAGGUAAAGAGAGCACCCAGCCAUUCAAAAAUAAAUCUUGAAAGCUCUGUUGAAAACAGCACAAUUGUGCCCCUUGUUGAAUUGGCAGCAAAAGCGAGCAAUGUCUCAUCCUCUGAUAGCCAUAGUGACAGUGAGGAAGAGGCAGAAUACCACCCACAGACCAAGGAAGGAGAAAAUGUAAAGAGAGACCAAAAUGAAUUUAAGACACUGACUACAGUAGCAAUGGAUUUUAAAAAUUCAGUAACAGAUAUUGAAGAAGUGCAUUUUCCUGCUUCUGUGGUACAUAAAAUGCAGGAUGUUCUGGAAGAAGAUUUGCAAGAAAUGCAAAAUGGAAAAUUGCAGGAAGCAAUGCAAGAGCAAGAAGAUACCAAACCCAAACUAAAUGGAGAUGUUUCGUAUAUUGAUAGUGAUGCUAUACCAGAAGUUGUUUGUUACUCAGAGCCUCCUGUAGUAAAGACCGAAAUGGUGACAAUCUCUGAUACUGAGAGUCCUGACAAGACCGAAAUUGCAACAAAGGAAGUUCCAAUUGUUCAGACAGAAACUAAAACCAUUACAUAUGAAGCUGCGCAGGGUGAUGGCAGUGGAGACAAUGAUCCUGGUGUCCUGAUGAGUGCUCAGACAAUAACUUCUGAAUCUUUUUGCACAACCAUGACAACCCAGAUUACCAAGACUGUUAAAGGUGGAGUUUCUGAAACGAGAAUUGAAAAGCGAAUUGUCAUCACAGGGGAUACAGACAUUGACCAUGAUCAGGCCUUAGCCCAGGCAAUAAAAAGAAGCCAAAGAGCAGCACCCAGACAUGUCAGUCACCAGGGUAGUGGUACAUAAAGAAACAGAGCUCACUGAGGACGGGGAGGAAUGAGUUAAGAAAUGAAUAUUGGCUGAACUGAAUGAAGGAUUUUGAACUUUAGAGUGACCACUGCCAUGAUCUAUAAAGAAAAAUUGCCUUGGAGCAUUGGAAAGUGAUCUAUAUUGCAGUCACACAUAGUGUGAAUAUUUGAAGAUGUCAAAGACCUACAGAAACUCGUCAUUGGAUUUAGAUGUUUAAAAUAAUUAGCCAAUAAUUUGACCAUUCACUCUUUACUAAUGUGUUGGCUUAUUAACAUACCACUUCUAUUCACCAUUAGAAUUUAAUAUCCACACAAAGGAUAUAAACUGGGUUUCCUUUAAAGAAGUCUUGUACAGAAUGUUAUAACUAAGUUAGAUACAAUAAGUGGAUCAGUUUCAGAACCUGAAUAUGUGUAAACCUGUUGUUGCAGAAAUAUUUUUUAGCAUGAUCAAGUAGUUACCAAAUAUUGUGGAAAAGAGAAAUAUGAAAAGACUUUUAACAUGUCACUUAAGAGAAUUAAGUCUGUUUAGAAAGAAUCUCCUGUGCCACCUUUUAUGCAAAAAACAAAUGUUGAAGGAGGCCUGAUGUGGGCAAGUAUCAUUCCAAUAAAUUUUUGCACUGUUAUGCAUUUACUAUAUAUUUUCUUAAGUCAUCCAUGGAACUAGGAUAUCCAUACUGGAAAACUAUACUUUUCUAUUACUUCAUAGUUAUAUAACAAGAUAGGCAGCUUAAAAUUUAAUACUUUGAAAUCAUAUUUCUUCGAUUGAAAAGCCAAAUCAUAAUAUUGAAUACAUUUCUAUAAAUUCUUUUAUGUUCUUACUAUGAAAGAUUAAGGUUUAGUUUGUAGCUGUUAAUGGCAAGUUGUGUUGCAGUUCUAAAAGCUUUGUCUAAUUUUUGAGGAAGAUUUGAAAUAAAAAAAAAUUAACCUGUUUAAUAUUUUGUCUUUUCUGUAGAUAAUAUGGCAGAAUCCUUGGCUUUCAAACAAAUGCUAAGCAAUACUGAAUCUUGAUGACUGUGUUAUUAUGCUUUUGACCUUUAUAUCUAGGCAAACAACCAAAGUAGCACUCUGGCAGCUUAAGUUGUGCUGUGGCAUUUUUGCUUCAUGUAAUCCCAUUUAAAAAUAAAUUUUGCUUAAAAUAUA